AUGGAGGCCAGCGUAACGCCAGCAUGGAAGGCACAAGCGCGUACACACGCGACCGCCAUUUCUACCGCUUCCACCGCCAACUCCUCCCUCGCGGCUUCAGCUUACGUGUCGUCCGCCGUGCCGAAGGCGCACCACCACCACAGCCAACGACGCGGCGCCGGCUUUCUCUGCCCGCGCUCGCGGAUCGUUUACAUGCGCGCACCGUUCACGCGGCCACACAGGCGGCACGUUCCUAGCGUGCUCGUACCGUCGCGGUCGGGGAGGCGCGGCCGCGGAGACGGCCUUAAAUGCGAUGUGUUAGUGCCUGGGUGUCCUUCUCCCGGCGAGCUGAGUGAAGGGGAGGGGGAGAAUUCUCGCGGACCGGACGGGCUCCGGUGGAGGCGCGGGCAGAGGGGCUCGGCGCGCAGCGAGAAUUUGGCGGUGGAGCAGCAGGCGGAAGAAAAACCCGAUAAUUGGGACUUUGUUGGGUCAAGUGGCGAUUCUUCGGGUUCUGGAGACGAGGGUUCGAAUCCUCAUGAGUUCACAUUUUCGGCGGAGAACAGUGUGAUGGUGGACCAAGUGCGAAUGCUACAGCACAUUCACUCCUGCGCGCACGCGGAAGAGGAGCUUGCGGGAGGGGAUGCAAGGGGGAUAAUGCGCGCGACCGCCGGGGGGAUGAAGCCGCGCGUGCUGAAAGCAAGCACGCCGAUUCGUGAUAUUUAUAAGUCGGAAGGUCCUAUCGACGAGGAUGUGGUGUGCAUGCAGGCUGACUGGCCGCUGACGUGGACGCACAUCACGCUCGCGACUGGCGUGUCGGUGGGCUCCGGGAUUGCCGGGCCCGAGGACGUCACGAUGCUGACUCAGGCGACAACUUGCACCGCCAUUCUAUGCUUGCAGGGCGAGGAGUCAUUGGAAUCGUUCGGAGUUAACUGGAAGGCCGUUCAGGAGCAGGCGGAGCAGUGCGACGUUGCCAUGUUCCGCGUUCCCGUGCCCGAGUUCGACCAGCAGAAACAGGUUGCUGGGAUGGUGGAGGCGGUGCGUCUCCUGGCGUCGCUGCUGGUGACAGGUCACAGGGUCCACGUGGCAUGCGCUACAGGGAAGAACUGCAGCCCGCUGGUAGUGUUAGGCUACCUGACGUUCUUCCAGGGCCUGGCAUGGAGCGAAGCCAAGGCCAUGAUCGUUGACAGCGUCCCGUCCGCCGAUCCGUCGCAUGAGGCGUGGGAGCAGGCUCGUCUCGUGCUGUCAGCAGCGGACGGGGUGGGCGCACACAGGAUGACGGAGCUAGCAGAGGAGCAGUACCAGCGGCGCAUAGAGCAGGGCGCGGGCGCGGAGGGCGGGGGGCAGACGGCAAGGGACGACUGGGAGGAGGCGCAGAGGCGACUCAUCACAGAGACGCUGCAGCACAGGGUGUCCGCUGACGUCACCAUCUCCCAGUCGCUCUCCAAGGCGGCAUCUCGCCAGGCGUCUUCCCCCAAGCCACGGGAGGUGCAGCCGAGCUUCCCUCCUGUGGUCGACUCGCAGAUGGCGCCUCCACUGGAAACGCCCUUCCAGCAGCAGCCGCACAUUCUCGACUCGGUCUACUCCUUUGUCAACGAUCAUCACUCUCACGCAUGGCCCCUCGCUGCCCCGCCUCCCGCUGACGCGCCUCCUGCUUUUGAGGAGGGUGUACUAGGGGAAGGUAUUCUGGAGGGGGAGGGUGUGCUGGGGGAGGUGGCGUCUGGAGUGGAGGAGCGCAUUGCAUUGCUGGAGCAGAAGCACCUGGCUGCCAUGGCUGCUGCUCGAUCCGCCACAGAACAGGUGCGGUUCUUCAUGCAGCACGUGAGCGAGCUGAGGGAGAGCGAGACAGCAGCGCGCAUGGAGGCAGCAGCAGCACACGAGCGCAUCGCCCUCCUCACCGCCCAGGUCGAAGCCCUCAACCUCUUCCAGCAGCAGCAGCAGCAGCAGCAGGAGGAAGAAAGGCAGCAGCGUGAGAAGGACCAGCAGGAGCAGCGGGAGCAGCAGGAGCUGCAGGCUGCUGCGUUCCUGGGAGUAGAUUCUGCAGCUGCUGCUGCUGCAGCGGCGGCGUCGGCAGAAGCUACGGCGGCAGCAGUUGCUGCGGCGGCAGCCGAGGCCGAAGCAGCCGCAGCGGCGGCAGCGGAGCGAGAAUCGGCACUCCAUUCCCAGCUCACGGAAGUUUCCCAGGAGCUUUCCCUCCUUCAGGAGCGAGAGAGGGAGCUUUUAUCGGCCCACGAAGCAGCAGAGGCGAAAGCACAGGCAGCAGAGGAGCGGGCGGCGGAGUUAGCUAACAGAAUCGCUCAGAUGGAAGAGAUGGAAGCAGCAGCUAAGGAAGCAGCGGCGGUAGCUUUGGAGCGAAUGCAGGCACUGGCCGAACAGGUGAAGGAACUUUCCGAGAAGGAGCGCGCGGCCUCCGCGCGGAUGGGCGAGAUGGAGACGAGGCUGGAGGAAGCUUCCGAGAAAGCGGCGGCGGAUCACGACCUGAUGGUGAAGCUGGAAGACCGGGCAGAGCGGGCAGAAAAAGAAGCAAGGAAAGCCCAGGAGGCGCUGGGAGCGGCCAACGAGCGAGUGAAAUUUUUCUUCCGGGUGAUGAGGGGGCUCCGGGAUAGGGAGCGAGCGGCGAAAGAAGCCAUGCACGCUGCGACAGACCGGCUUGAAGCUGCUGUGACUGAAGCGGAGAAUCUCCGGAGGAAGGACGAGUUGAUGCGGGAAGCGUGGGCGGUGGCGAGUGAGAGGAUUGAGCUGCUGACGCGGCAGGUGCAGCAAGUGGAGGGGUUGAAAAUGGAGGUGAAGCGAGAGGCGGUGGAUGCUGCGAAGGUGUUUCUGCAUGAGAGUGACGAGCACAGGCUUAUGGCUGCCAGGGAGGAGUUGAGUGCAGCUGAGGAGAGGGAGCGGAUGCUGCAGGCGCAGUUGGAGAGGCUGGGUGCUGAGCUGGCGGCGGCAAGAGAUGACAUGGCGGAGCGGGACGCCAGGCUGGCGGCGGUGGCUGCUGAGGUGGCGGAGAGGGAGAGGGUGGUGGAGGAGAGCCGGGUGGCAAUUGGGGCGGCAGAGAAGAGGAUUAAGGAGCUUGAGGAGCAGGUGGGGGUGGCGGAGGAGAGGGAGAGGAAAGCCAAGAGGGAGGCUGAGGAGGCAGAGGCGGUACUCGCUGCUGCUCUUGCUGCUGCCGAGACAAAAGACCGAGAGUACACCCUUUUAGAGACGUCUCAGAAGGCUGCUUCAGCUGCAGCAGCCGGGGCUGUUUCUGCUGUUGCUGGUGUUGCUGCAGUUGGUGCCAGCAGUGCUGCCGGUGCAGCAGCGAGCGGUGCAGCAGAUCAGCUGAUAGCUCGGCUGCAAUCCCAAGUGGCUGCCAUGUCCAGUGAGCUUGAAGGGGCCCGCAACGCCGCUGCUGCUGCGAGCGAACGGAGUGCCUUCCUCAUGCGACAAGUGGCUCGGCUGAAAGGAACUGCUGCUGCUGAUGCUGUGACUCGGUCCCAGGGGGGUUCAGGAGGGAAAGGGGAAGGGUCGAGCUCGAAGCACAAAGUGGCGGCUUUAGAGGUGGAGAUUCGGGCGUUGGAGAAGCGCGAACGGGCAGCUCGGGCAGAAGCUGAAGCUGAGAAGGCCCGGGUGCGGGAGCUUGUGGCGCAGGUCGGGCAGCUGGAAAGCAAGGAGCGGGCAGCCCGGGAAAAGCUCCAGUCGUCGCAGGACCGGGUGGGGUUUUUCCUACGGCAGGCUGUGGAGCUGAGGGAGAGGGAGGGCGCAAGUAAGAGCGCGCUAAAAGAGACUUUUAAGAAAGUGGAGGGGUUGUCGCACCAGGUGGGGUUGCUGCAGGGGGAGUUAGUGCGGGCGAGCAAGGAGUCUGGCAAGUCUACGGAUGCUGUGGAGAGGCUGCAGCUGCUGACCAUGGAGCUGAAAGAGAAGAUCCAUGAGACGUCUCGAGUGGCCAGCAGCAUCAAGAAGAGCCCUGGCUUGUCCAAAAUCAAUGGGUCAGAACGGAGCGGGGCAGGGCUUAGUGUGCUCAAGGCUCCCGACCUCACUGCUUCGGAUUCUGCUGCUGCUAACGGUGCUGCCGGUAACGGUGCUGCCAGUAACGAAGCUGCUAGUAAUGGUGCUGCUGCUUCAAAAGUCGUGAAAGAAGAGAAAGAGAAGAAGGACGACGACAAUGAUGACUUAUCUGGAGGGACGGGCAGUGGAGGAGGAGGGGUACAGGGAAGAGGAGUGACAGCACAAGGGAGGUCGAGCAGCAGUGGCUCGAAAGCAGCUUCUCCCUCCUUUGGUUCUCUGAAGGCAACCCAGCAACCCACACAACCCAGCAGCACCGCUUUCUCGUCAUUCCAGCAAGCAGCAGCAGCAGUCACAAUAGCAGCAGCAGCAGCAGUCACAGCAGCAGCAGGAGCAACAGCAGGGGAAUACACAGCAGAACUCUCAGACACAGCAACACUGGUUGCUAUGGUUACCACCCUCCAGUCCCAAGCCUCUUCCCUCCGAGCCUCCCGCCAAACCGCCCUCGCCUCCGUGGCAGCCUCCCAUUGGCCGUUCCAAUCUCUUCAACUGCCCGUUUACGCUGCCCCAGUCAGUGCCCCUCUUGGCCUAAAAAAAAGGGGAGGGAAAGCCAAGGACGGGAAGGGAGGAGAUGAAGCCGGGUGGUGGUCGGACCAAUCCCAGUCCCUGAAAGCAGAUGUUGCUUCUCCUGCUGCCCUCUCUCCCGCUUCACCCACCUCUCCUCUGGAUUCGUUUCGAAAAGCCCUCACCUCAUUGGCUCUCCCCAUCCCGUUCCACCAACUGGGUAUGAGGAAGAGGGGGUCUGCGGACCCUGUAGCAGGAGAAGCUGCACCAGAAGGACCUUCCCCAGGUAAUGCCGAAGGUGCCGGCCGGAGGGAAGAGGGUGAGUGGGGAUGGGUGGCUGCGGCUGUGCUGGUGCUCCUGCCGCUGCUGCUGGGUCCUAGUGACGCCCUGGGAAUGUGA